AUUUAAUAACUUUAUAUAUAUGGGGCUGCAGAUGCAUGCCGAUAGAUUGAAUAUGCCGCGCCAACGCGAACUUUGCAUACGCUGCCGCCGAGCGAAACUUUUGCGAUAAAAGUAAUCAAGGUGCUUGAAAGUUCGCGCCCAAGACGAAGACACUCACCUGGCCGGGACUACCGCGCCCAGGUGUCGCAGGGCAGCCGAUCAGAAGUCAUCAACUUCAGAGGGAAUCGCGUGCCGCCUGGGUCCCAGUAAUUCGCCCAUCCCGCACGUCCAUAUGGCAACACUUUGCCUUUGACUGAGCCCGCGCCCUGUGCAAAUCCUGCCGAGUGGCUGGUGGCGAUGACACCCACGUCUCCGCCGCCAUCCGGCGGAUUGCAAUUGGAGCGCCCCGGCAGUGGAUUUAUGAUAAGCGGCACGCAAGCCGGAAGCCCGAGGCCCAACUCGAAGUCGGCGAUGGCAGCGUGACGUGUUUGUGGGAUAACCCUUGAUGGUUAAAGGGAAAAUAUACAAACUAUGCCAUCCCCAGUCCGGCUGGAGAGCGGACCUAAACCAACAAAGCUUCAAUGAACUUUUGACGACGUGUGGACUCCCCAUCCACACCCCUUUCCGCGGUAUCCACGAGGCCCUGUCGAUGAGCAGGACUCGUGUCGGCAUGUCGGUCCUGUCGGUCCUGUCGGUCCUGUCAGUGUGCAGAUAGCAGCGCCCGGUGUUUGUUUUCCGCUGCCGGCUGGCAGAGCUCCGAGCUCUGAGAAAGGAAGCCCUUCGGUUGCAGGAACAGCUCCAGGCAUGACCUCCUGGACCACCAUGAAAACGCGGAUAACCGCAUCGGUGCGCACCACCAACCGGAUGAACGCCCUGCUCUCGGAGUCGAUGCUGAGCAGGAGGCGAGCGGCUCAGAAUCCGGAAGGGGAGGCGGCUGGCGGAGAGGGCGGGGAGCCACGGAAGGAGAAGCCCAAGAACGACUGGAAGUUCUUUCACACCAACUUCAAUAUGGAACGUGCCCAGAAGAUCAUCGAAGAUUGCAUCGAGGAGCGGCUGCUGUGGGACCGCUUCAGCCGCAAUUACGACUCUUGGCGGGCUCUGCAGCUGGCCGAAGGCCUGGCGGCCGAGAUACGCGACCGGGUCAAGAAGCUGAACCACAGGCGCCACCGCAUCGUCUGUCUGCUGUCGAUUGUGGAGAAGCAGAACCAGGGCGUCUACCAGCGCAUGUGCCACCUGAUGGACGAGAAGCGGGACAACUUCACCCAGCUGGUCUUCGAGCGGCCCACGUACUUCAUGAUCGUGGUGCUGUAUCUGGUCUAUAAGGAUUAGUCGCGAAACGGAUGGGAGUUGCACUGUCUCCUGUUGCUUGUUAAUUACGCUUAGGUUAAGCAAAGUGUUGAAUUAAAAUAACUUUUUAGGUACUCGGAAUUAAAAAGAAUUGGAUAAAAAAGUGAACAGAACUCCGUCCUCUACUAUAGGCCCCGGCGAGAUUCGAACUCACGAUCUCCUGUUUACUAGACAGGCGCUUUAACCAACUAAGCCACGGCGCCGCUGUGGGAACGGCCGUUGAACUUCCCAAUUUAAGAAAAAAUG